CCAAGUCGCAAGCCUUGAUGAGCUUGAAGCCUGACUUGAUUGACCAGCUUCUGCACCCGACACUAGACCCUAAGGCAAAGAAGGAGGUCAUUGCCAAGGGCCUCCCUGCUUCUCCGGGUGCUGCGGGUGGCAAGGUUGUGUUCUCUGCUGAUGAAGCUGUGCGAAGGUCGAAGGAUGGGGACAAGGUCAUCCUGGUUCGCAUUGAGACCAGCCCGGAUGACAUUCAUGGCUUGCAUGCAGCGGAGGGAGUCCUCACCACGAGAGGUGGCAUGACCAGCCAUGCUGCUGUUGUUGCCCGCGGAAUGGGCCGACCGUGUGUGGCUGGUGCUGGUGGAAUCACCGUGGAUUAUGCUGCUGCCAAGCUUACUGUGGGCUCUGUGACAGUGACUGAAGGGCAGAUCCUCACCAUUGACGGAAGCACUGGAGAGGUAAUGGUCGGGGAAGUUCCCACUGUGCCACCCCAACUGUCAGGAUCCUUUGGAAUCAUCAUGGAAUGGGCAGACGAAGUCCGCGACAUGAAAGUCCGAGCGAACGCGGAGACUCCAGCAGAUGCUCGACAAGCCAAAGAGUUCGGUGCAGAGGGCAUUGGUCUUGUCCGCACUGAGCACAUGUUCUUUGACGGGCAGCGAAUUGUGGCAAUGAGGCAGAUGAUCUUGGCCACGGACGAAAAUGAUCGGCGCCAGGCCCUGGAGAAGUUGCUGGUCAUGCAGAGGGAAGACAUCAUCGAGUUGUUCAAAAUCAUGGAUGGAAUGCCAGUCACCGUGCGCUUGCUGGAUCCUCCUUUGCAUGAAUUCAUCCCUCACACGGAAGCAGAAAUGGCAUCAGUAGCCAAAGCAGCCGGUGUUCCGUUGGACCGUGUGCGCAGACGUGCUGCAGAGCUACAGGAGGCAAACCCGAUGCUUGGUCACCGUGGUUGCCGAUUGGCCAUCACCUACCCAGAGAUUUGCGAGAUGCAGGCACGAGCCAUUUUUGAAGCAGCGGCUGAAGUUGGCCGAAGCUCCAAAAAGCAGCCAGUGGCGGAGGUUAUGGUGCCUUUGGUCGCAACAACCGAGGAACUCAAGUUGCUGAAGGGAGUGAUCGAGAAGACUGCCGAUGCUGUGAAGAAGGAGCAGGGCAUCACAUUCACUUACAAGGUAGGCACAAUGAUUGAGCUUCCUCGUGCAGCUUUGCAGGCAGGAAAGUUGGCAGAAAUGGCGGAGUUCUUCAGCUUCGGCACCAAUGACUUGACACAGACCACCUAUGGAUUGAGCCGCGAUGAUGCAGGAUCCUUCUUGCCAGAGUACAAGGCCAAGGGCAUUGUGGAACAAGAUCCCUUCGUCAGCCUUGAUCCAGAUGGCGUGGGUGAACUUAUCACCAUGGCAGUUCAGCGUGGUCGCAGCACCAGGCCAGACAUGAAGAUGGGCAUUUGUGGCGAGCAUGGUGGCGAUCCUGC